ACCAUAUAGCGUCAGCACUCAUACAUUAAACAAUUUUAACAAAGAAUAUACAGUACUUGGGUGUAUUGGUGUGUGAGCACCAUAGCAUACAAGCUUUCUGUAUUUCUAACCACCUCAGAGGAUAUUGGGGGUUGCGAGUCACUGGCAUUGUCAUUUUUGGGCAUCGCAGGCUGAAAAAUUUGGGAACCCCUGUCCUAUAUGACAUUUGAUAUGUCAUGUGUUGUGCAGAUAUACAAUAGGGUUUGAUGAAAAACAAGCUAAUUGAAUUUACUGUUUAACAAAUGUCCUUUAUUGUUAGUGUCUGAGCACUACUGCAUGUUUAUGAGACUCACUCAGAAAAGACUCAUGAAUUAAGUGGAAUCAAGAUGCAGAGAAAUCUGAUAAAAUACAGUCAAUGUACUCUAUUGCCUGAGAUUAUGUUUUUUGCAACAGCAAUAAUGUCAUUCUUCAGUCAAAUGUUAUUCUGGUGUUCUCUGUUAUUUUAGUUUAAUUUAACUUAGUUCACCUCAUUAUAAUACAAGCUUAUAAAAUAACAUAAACAUUUAUUGCUGUUUAUAUUAUUAUGUCAAUGGUCACCAAAACAGGUUGGUUACCCAGAUUAUUUUAACAAAGUAAUACAGCUUUGGAAUGACUUGGGGUAAAGAGCAUUAAGUUCUAACUGCACUUUCAACCUUUUUGUUUUUUUAAUCUGAAAGCUGCUUGUGUUAAUAAAACAAAUUGGAUCUUUCCCCUACAUGUUUCACCUUUCCUACAUUUACUUUCAUAUAUGUGACUGAGUAUAUCAGGGAGUGGCUAUAUAGACCCUGCCGAUGGUCUAAUUCUGUUCAUAUUAAGUUCCUGUAUCAGCACGUUCAUGCAGUACAUCAUGCUGCUCUGUGUCUUUCUCCUGCUCUCCCUCUUCUCUCUGUCUGGAGGACUGGAGAGUGGUAUUGUUGGGGGCAGAGAGGCUAAACAUCAUUCCAGACCAUACAUGGCAUCUCUGCAGAAAAAACGAAAUCAUGUUUGUGGAGGGAUGCUGAUAAAAGAAGAUUAUGUGUUGACUUCGGCUCAUUGUUGGAAUGAAACUGACAAAUACAGCUUACAAAUUGUUCUGGGAGCUCACAAUAUCAGUCAGAAAGAGAACAGUCAGCAGAUAAUUCAAGUUGAAAAAUACAUAAAACAUCGCAAGUUUGAUAUUAUGUUACUAAAGUUGAGGACCAAAGCUGUGCUAAAUCAUUUUGUGGAUAUUAUAAAUCUACCCAAACAUGAAAUUAGUAUUCUUGCUCCUUUGGAAUGCUCCAUUGCCGGCUGGGGAAUGAAAAGACCUGGAGAAGGAGCAUCAAAUGUUCUUCGGGUAGUCAACCUCCAACUGGAGUCCAAUGCCAAGUGUAAAAGUAAAUGGCAGACACAUUUCAACUUUAAGAACAUGGUCUGUACUGUCUCGGAUGGAAAAAAGGCUUUCUGUCAGGGUGACUCUGGCAGUCCUCUUCUUUGUAAUUCUGAACUUUAUGGAAUGGCUGCAUACACAUAUCCUAAAAACUGCACAUUCAAGGAGUACCCUGAGGUCUACAUGAAGGUAUCUGCCUUCCUACCGUGGAUUAAAAAAAACAUUCAGUGAUUAAAUGCUGUUGUACUGUAGCUUAUAUGAAGAACAUUUAUGCACCUAAAUGAUCUCUAAUUUGUACUAUGUGAACCCUGAGGAAAAAUGCUUUGGCUGAACAUUUACAUUUCUCAAAAUUAAUGUUAAUAAAAGACAGAAACGUUUGA